UGGACAGAAAAGAGCUGAUAAAACAUCACAACUGAUCUCAGAUUCCUGUCCAUUAAAUUGAUCCAUUGAUCAAUUUCUAUUCAACCAAGAUGGCCGCGCCCAUGAAACAGGAAAUGGUGUUUUUAACUUAAAAGUAUAACAUUUGCCAUUAUUUGCUGUUCACCUACCACUUGGACCAUGGAUGUGCCUGUUAGCAACGUAUCGUACAAGCAGCUACACGAGGAGUUUAUGAGUGGAUUGAAUGGGUCGUCUUUGGUGGAAGUUUCUGUACUGACCUUGAUUCCAGUCGGUUCAACUCUCGUCCGUGAUUUGUUUUGCCUCUUCGUCAACGACUUCACACAACCAUGGUUGAUUGUGCUGAAUGUGAUGAUCAUCAUUGUCCCCAUGCUCCUCAGUUUCACCGUUCUCAACUUCACGGACUUCACUGUGCUGGUGUCCCUCUUUACCACAGCUGCAGGCAUGCUUGGACUCAUCGCAGCCAGGCAUUCACAGUCCAAGAGAACACAGCAGUCAAAAUCUGGGUCACUUUUAGAGACAUUCCUGGAUUUGGAGAUGAGUUCCAGACGUCCAUUUAUUUCCUAUUUCCGAGGUCAGACGCUGCUGGCAACUGCGGUUGCCAUUCUGGCUGUGGAUUUCACUAUUUUUCCCAGGAGAUUUGCUAAGACUGAGACGUAUGGAACAGGUUUGAUGGAUACAGGAGUAGGGUUGUUUGUUGUUGUAAAUGCAGUUGUCUCACCUGAAGCACGGGGAAAAGUUACAACUAAAAGUCCUGUGCUGGCCGUGAUGCAGGCUGUCAAGUCCAGCAUGCCACUGGUGGUGAUCGGAGCUCUACGACUGCUUGCUGUGAAGAACAUUGACUACCAAGAGCAUGUGUCAGAGUACGGUGUUCACUGGAACUUCUUCCUGACAUUGGCUGCAGUCAAGGUUUUAUCAGCCGUGAUUCUGUCGGUGUUCCCUGUGCACUUGAGCGGCCUCCUGUCCAUUGUCAUCGCUGCAGGGUAUCAGUACAGCCUCACGGCCACCAGUCUCCCCCACUACAUCCUGCACGGGGCAGAUGGGCGGGGGAGAAGGGAGGGCUUCCUUGAUGCCAACAGGGAGGGCUUGUUCUCCUGUAUCGGCUACCUGGCUAUAUACUUCGCCGGGGUGGAGAUUGGAAGCUAUAUAUUUAGAAAAAGACGGCGUGUGCGGGACUGGAUGCUGGUUCUGUGUGUGUUCGUCAGCAUGUCACUACUCUCAUGGAUAGUCCUGGGGAUAGUCAGCAACACUGUGGAGCCUGUCUCACGCAGACUGGCAAAUGGACCUUUUUGUAUAUGGACGGUUGCGCUGUCCUUCCUGCUGCUGACGGUCAACUUGGCUGGAGACAUCGCUGUGACCUGUGCCCAGUCCUUGUGUCCGAGAGAUGGACAUGAGAACAAGACGUUCCCGGAGGAUCUGAGUACCACGUGUCUUCUGUCGGCCAUCAACUACAACAGUCUGCUGUACUUCCUGGUCGCCAACCUACUGACCGGGCUGGUCAACAUGUCCCUCCAGACACUGUACGCCCCUCCCUCACUGGCCAUCACCAUCAUCACUGGCUACAUGCUCGUACUCUCAGGCCUCGUCAUGCUGCUCUACAGGAAGAAAAUCUCUACUAAGUUUUGGUAGCGAAAGGUUUUAUAUUGUUACAAUCUGUUGUUUCUUUUCCAAGUUUUUGAAAUAAAAUAUUAUAUAUUUGUAA